CAGGAGUCCUGACGAGGAAGGCCUGUUCACUGUGGCAGCCUCAGUGACCGUCAGGGACAACUCCAUGGCCAGUGUGUCCUGCUGCAUCCGGAACCUCCUUCUUGGCCAGGAGAAGGAAGUAGGGAUUUCCAUUCCAGCUCCCUCCUGGCCAUUUUGGAAAACCUUCCUGUGUCCUGCAGUGCUCCUGGGACUUGUCAUCGCUGCAACAGUUUUUGCUUGGAAACUAUAAGAAAGAAGGAGAAAGAGAAAUGACAAAACUGGCUCCAUAGGGUCUUCCUAAGUUGCUUACGCCCUUGCUAAGUUGCUGAGAUUGGCAUCAAACUUGUGAUCCUCCUGCCUCAGCCUCCUGACUAUAAUCCCUCCAACUGUCUAGGAUUACAGGUGAGCACCACCACACCCAGCAUACAAAUUAUUCUUAAACAUAAAUUGACCAAAAUUGACAAUACAUGCAUGAAUUCAGAUUUAAAGACCCCAAAUAUUUUAUGAUGAUAUCCAUUUCCCCUAAAUGUGAAUAAGAAGAGCACUUCCUUUCUGAUUGACAUUCAUAUGUGCCGGAUUUUCAAGCAAAAAGUGACACAGAUUUGUGUUUGGGACCCUCAUUCUCCUAGAAGUGUGGUGGGUACACUGAAGAAAUCACCUUUUGUCUGAAUCAUAACCCUAAUAAAAGGCAAACAGUGAAACUGGGAAGGACUUCUAUCAUAAACAAAAUACAGUGUUGUAAACUUUAAUUUCUAAACAGAUGACACAGAUUGGUAAGAAACAGCACCAAGAUCAGUCUUUAAAAUCGUGGGCAACUGGCCUGAAAAGCUCAUUUCUGGGAAAUAUUUAAUGGCCGAAGCUCCUGGAUGAGCGCAUCAGCACCCUGCAGUCGCAGAAAGGUCAGCGAUGGUCCGGAAAUCCUGCCUCCCCAGGUGUCUGCUCACCCUCGUGCUCCUGCAGCUGCCCAAGCUGGAUUCAGCUCACUUUGAUGUGAUGGGGCCCCCGGAGCCCAUCCUGGCCAUGGUGGGAGCAGACGCCGAGCUGCCCUGUCACCUCUCCCCAAACGUGAGCGCCGAGCACAUGGAGCUGCGGUGGUUCCGACGGACGCCGUCGCCCGCCGUGUUCCUGUACCAGGCGCCGCAGGAGCAGGAGCGGGAGCCGGAGCGGGAGCUGCUGCCAGAGUACCGCGGCCGGGUGGCGCUGCGGCGCGACGACAUCGCCGCGGGGCGCGCGGCCCUGCGGAUCUGCGGCGUCCGCGCCUCGGACGAGGGCGAGUACCGCUGCUUGUUCAGGGACAACGCCAGCUACGACGAGGCCAUAGUGCACCUCCGAGUGGCAGCUCUGGGCUCCGAGCCUCACAUCACCAUGGAAGUUCAGGAGAGUGGAGAGGUCCGGCUGGAGUGCACCUCCGUGGGGUGGUACCCAGAGCCCCAGGUGCAGUGGAGAUCUGCCAAGGAAGAGAAGUUCCUGUCCACAACAGAGUCCAGAAGUCCUGACGAGGAAGGCCUGUUCACUGUGGCAGCCUCAGUGACCCUCAGGGACAACUCCAUGGACAGUAUGUCCUGCUGCAUCCGGAACCUCCUUCUUGGCCAGGAGAAGGAAGUAGGGAUUUCCAUUCCAGCUCCCAUCUCCCCCAGGCUGACUCCCUGGAUGGUGUCUGUGGCGGUCAUCCUUGUGGUCUUAGGGCUGCUCACCAUUGGAUCCAUAUUUUUCAUCUGGAGACUGUACAAGGAGAGAUCCAGAGAGAGGAGGAGCAAAUUCAGCUCUACAGAGAAACUCCUGGAAGAGCUCAAUUGGAAAAAGGUGGCAUUGCAUGCAGUUGAUGUGACUCUGGAUCCAGACACAGCCCACCCUCACCUUUUUCUGUACGAAGACGCAAAAUCUGUUCGACUGGAGGAUUCACGCCAGAAGCUGCCUGAGAAUCCAGAGAGAUUUGACUCGUGGCCGUGUGUGCUGGGCCGAGAGGCCUUCACGGAGGGGCGGCAUUACUGGGAGGUGGAGGUGGGGGACAGGACCGACUGGGCCAUCGGCGUGUGCAGGGAGAAUGUGAUGAAGAAGGGGUUUGACCCCAUGACCCCUGAAAACGGGUUCUGGGCUGUGGAGCUCUAUGGGAAUGGAUACUGGGCCCUCACCCCUCUUCGGACCCCUCUCCCAUUAGCAGGCCCCCCUCGCCGGGUUGGGAUUUUCCUGGACUACGAAUCGGGAGACAUCUCCUUCUACAACAUGACUGACGGGUCGCACAUCUACACCUUCCCUGGCAUCUCCUUCUCUGGCCCCCUCAGGCCCUUCUUUUGCCUGUGGUCCUGCGGGAAAAAGCCCCUGACCAUCUGCCCAGUGUCUGAAGGGCCUGAGGGGGUUACAGUCAUCCCUGAAGCCCAGAACCUUUCCCAGGACAUCCCACUGUCCCGUGUGGGGCAGGACUCUGCCUCUGGGGACACACACACUCUCCGUUCUAAACUCAUCUCUUCCCAGCCCAGCCGAGGGGCACCUUAGGAAAUGACCGGCUCAGCCACCUUCCCGAGCCCCUCCCCCACCUGGCAGCCCUUUGGUGGGAGCAGGGAGCAGGGCCUUCCCAGUCUGCUUCGGCACCAGGACUGGGGGGUGAAGAGCUGACUCCUACGCGCUCCAGUGCUCUCCUGUCGCUGGAGACGGGAACCUGUGGGGAGGAGGACAGCUCAGGGAGGGACAGGUCCACACGGGGGUGUGGCAGAAACACUUGGCGUCCAGAAUACAGGUUUGAAGCAAGCAGAAAGCUCAGGGGGUUCGGGAAAGAAAGAUCUUAGGCUAACAUCCAUAAAGAAGGCUGGAGGGGACAUGAUGGUGGAAGGAAAGAGGCCCCUGGAUUUGCAGGUAUGUAUCUCACCUUCCAAGCUCUGCCCCACAGGAUAGAGGACCUACUUUUAUGGGGGUGGAGCUGUGGGAAAGGAGGAAGGGGAGGAGCUUAGAGGAGCAGGGGUGAGGGGUUGGACAGAAGGUGCGACGGGAGAGAACGGUUGGACCAAACUCAGGCCUGUGCAUAGCCUCGGGCCCUGCUCCUCUCUGGGCACCCUCCUGACUGGCCCUGGCCUGGGUCAGACCUGACUCUCCUUGUUGACUGCACACGUUUCCCGUGCUCUUCUUUUUGAUGUAGACCCUUCUUCUGUGACAUCGCCACAUUAUAGACACUUUUCAGCCUCGUGCCCCCUCAGUCCUCACCUGUGUCCAAGCCCCACACACGCCUUUGGUCAGCGCCAGUCACCACCCAUUUCCAGCCGAGCCAGUUCCCACAGGCUGCCUGUCCUGGGGGUGCCCCGAAGGCUGCACCGUGGUGCUCGGUGCAGCUGGGAUAACCAUGCCUCUCCUGGUCUCCUGGUCCCCUGAGCAGGCUCCUGCGAGUGGCUUGUCUUGCCAAAGGCCUGCAAUUGUGUCCAGGUGCCGCCUUCCAUUUCCACUGUGUCUCUAGCUCCCAGCGAGAGCCUUGCCCAGGGUCCUUGCCUAAUAAAGAAGUCUGUGUAAUUGCUGAA